AACAAUUCAACCUCUCAUUUUGCGGACUUGGCGUCGAUCGCCUUCGUGUGGCGCCGCCUCCUAUUGCCCUAGCCCGCCAUCGGCCAUCGCCAUCGUCGUCUUGCUUGCGAGCGUCGCGAGGGGCUCGCGCGCGCGCGUCCCUAUAAAUACCUCGCCCCGCCGGAUCCGGUUCGCCUCGUUCCCGCCCCCGCCCCCGCGCGCUCCUCUUCUCCUGCUGGAAACAAGAAAAGCGCUCGCGCUUUCUUGUCGCGAGAUCGUAGCUGAAGACAUUGGGAUACUGGUGUGGUGUGCUGCUCUGCGCUCGAUCGCCAUGGCUGACGCGAAGGGCGACGAGGUGCUGGCAGAGACACAGAUGCCUCUGGGACGGUGGCCGAUCCUGUCCUACGGUGUCGGCCACAUGCUUAAUGACAUCACUUCUGCUUGCUGGUUCACUUACCUGCUGCUCUUCUUGCAAGAAAUCGGGCUUGCUCCAAGGGAUGCAGCUAUUGUGAUGCUUUCUGGUCAGGCUGCAGAUGGCCUAAUGACGAUUCUUGCGGGAGAGAUGAUUGAUCGAUUUGGCCACUUCAAGCUGUGGCACAUCGGAGGAUCAGUCCUGGUCGGCAUCUCCUUCUCCUCUGUCUUCGGUGGAUGCCUGCUCUGCACCAUUCUGGGUACCGAUUCCUACCUUGUGAGGACCGUCGGUUACAGCUUCUUUGCUGCCGUCUUCAACAUCGGCUGGGCGGCCACACAAGUUUCACACAUGUCAAUGGUGAACUGCAUGACACUGAAUUCCACAAGCCGGGUAGCAUUAGCUAGCUGCAGAAAUGCGUUCACUAUGGUGGCAAAUCUUGGUUUAUAUGGGAUCGCGUUAACUGUAUUUGCUUUAGUGAGCGCAAAGGCAUGCUCAGACAUUGUUCUUCAGUACCGGUGGAUAGCGUACGUGUCAAUUUUUGUGGGAUGCUGCUUUCUGGUGGUGUUCUAUGCUGGAACAAAGGAGCCAACGUUGCAGUCGGGAACUGACUGCAAGAAAUCGUCUCGGAUUUCCUGGGGCUACUGGUUCAAGAAGACCUUGUACUACCAAGUUGCUCUACUGUAUAUGCUUGCAAGAUUGAUCACAAAUGUUUCUCAGUCGCUCAUCGCGUUCUAUGUCACCAGAGACCUGAGAAUGAACGAAUACUCGAAAGCAAUUAUACCAGCCAUCAUAUUCUGCUGCAGCUUCUUGGUGUCCGUUGUUCUCCAGGAGAUAAAGUGGAACAGCCGGCGCCUGAAGUCUUUGCUCACAAUCGGAGCAAUACUCUGGGUGAUCUCUGGAGUCGCCGUCUUCGUCCUCCCGAGCCAGAGGAACAACCUCAUGUACCCUCUUGCCAUGGUCAUCGGAGCUGCAAACGCUCUCGUCAUGGUCACCACGAUUGGGCUGGAGAGCUCGCUAGUAGGAGACGACCUGAACGGCAGCGCCUUCGUCUACGGCUCGCUGAGCUUCUUGGACAAGAUGUCGUGCGGAAUCGCCUUGUUCGUCCUUGAAUCCUACGAAGAGUCCAUUAGUUGUGGUGAGACGAGGGGCCUGAACACGGUGAGCAGAUACGGGACAGGUCUGAUUCCCUCGUGCUUCGCCGUCGUCGCCCUGAUUGUCACCUCUACACUGAAGCUCCAGGACACCCCAACCCGGAGACCACAUUCCUCCGCCGCAUUGGAAGCUCCGCUCCUCGUCUGAAUCAACCAUGCCGGCGCCGCCGUGUG